GGUCAUAAAAUUUUCUUACCAAAAAAGAAGCAAAGAAAAAUAGUCCGGACUGAAAACAGAGCAGAAACAGAGCCAAGACUUCAAAACUCGGUUCUUCAUUCAUCAAUGGCGUCGAGGAAGGCCAUCUUCCCCACCUCGUCGAUCGGCGACAACCCAAUUGGCUCAGACGGGCUCUUCGAGUUCGACGAGGCCGAUAUAUGGAGCUCGUCGAACCCAGUUGCAGAACAGAAGAAGAACGCCAUACCCAGUUACAGAGAGCUGAAGAAAAUGGGGAGGAAGACGACGAUGCUGAUGAGCAUGGCUGAUCAGAAAAAUAGUGCCAAGGUGACGUCAGCGUCGUUGCCGGUGAACAUUCCGGACUGGUCCAAUAUUCUGAAAGACGCGUACAAAGACCAGAGGCAGAGGGACAGCGAUGAAGACCGUGGAAAAGAAGAUUUUGACGGUGGCGAUGAUGAUGAUGAUGCCGGAGAUGGAAGGGUCCCGCCUCACGAGUACUUGGCGAGGACGAGAGGGGCUUCGUUUUCUGUUCAUGAAGGGAUUGGGAGGACCUUGAAAGGCAGAGACUUGAGGCGAGUGAGAAACGCGAUUUGGAAAAAAGUUGGGUUCGAAGAUUGAUCGGUAGCAAAUUUUAGGACUUAAGGCCGAAAAAAAAAAAACAGAGACUUACUGGAACUUUUGGUAGGGCAAGCAAAGAAAAAUUUGAAAUCAACGAUGACUGGUUUCUAAUUUAAUUUAUAUCUAUGAUCUCCGUUAAACUGGUUUGAUAUUUUAGAAGCGACUUGGCAACGGAUCUUGAUCUUAUUUUGAUUAUUAACAACGUUAAUGUUUUUUUUUUUUUUCUCUGGUGCUGGUUUGAUCUUUCUGGGUUUGUUUUGCUUUGGGUGCCUGAGUUUUAUGAGAGGACCUGAGUUUUGCAGAGCCCAAAGUCUCUUAAUGAUAUUUUGGUUUUGAGAUCA